AUAAAUAGCGUCAGAAUGAAGAACUGAAACAAGUGGAUACAGAAGAUUUCAUGUUAUCAGACUGUGGAAAAAAAUCUUAACUUUGAAACAUCAAUUUUUCUUUACCACUAUACUGAUGUGUAAGAUAAGAUACACCUGUAGUGAUUGGUUGUGGCAGCAGUAAAACAGAAAUAAAUACAGAUACAUAUAUAGAAAGUAACAGAAAUAUAUAACAGAGCUACAACAACUAAAAUAGAAAUUAUACAAAAAUAUUUGGAAACAAAUAGCAUGUAGUGCAGCAAUAUAAGUAGUGUUUAGUGUAAGAUACAACUUAGUGUAUAUCAUGUCAUCAAUUCAGAGGAAUUUACAGCACUACAUUUGAUUGCUAUAGUUACUAUAGUUGCUUUACAAAUCAAGAUUUUAAAAAUAUAAGCUUAUAGUAUAUGAUACAUUGUUAUAGAUUAAAUUACCAAGUACUUUAUUAAACGGUAAAAAUGCCACUUACACAGUGAGUGCUUUUACAUUUGUUACUCGAAGUACAUAAGUACAUUUAGCUAGUAAUACUUAGAAUGGAUUCGUUUUACAGGUGGAACUGCAGCUCUGGAUCAUGGAUGAAUCGCUCUGGAUACGUCCUCCAUCACUGGCAGUGUUGGGAGUAACGCGUUACAAAAGUAACGCAAUUACAGACAUUUUCAAGAGUUAACGCUGCGUUGAAGCCAGCUGUCCCGUGUUGCCGCGGUCAGAGCCAGAACCAGAGACGGUACGGACAACACGUGUCCCAACAGGUGACGCUUGUUGAGUACCAGUAGUUCCUUUGACGAAAUGGACACGUCUGUAAUUCUGCCUGUCGAAGCAGAGGGGUUUGUUCAAAGUCUGGAAACGUUCUCUCUCAAAGAAGUGGGCUCAGAGAGGUGGUUCAGACAGCAUGAGUACAUUGAGAAACUUAACAUGCAAGCGAUACUAAAUGCUUCUGCCAUGCACGAUGAGUUCAUCAAGGAGCUCCUGGUGUCAUUUGGAAAGAUACCUGUUCUGGUCCAUGAAAUGAUCCUUGUCGAGGUGUGGAAGCACAAAGUGUUCCCCAUUUUAUGUCAGCUGCAGGACUUUAAUCCCAACAACACAUUUCAUCUUUACAUGGUGAUCCACCAUGAAGCCACGGUCAUAAACCUACUUGAAACGAUCAUGUAUCAUAAGGAUUCAUGUGAGGCAGCUGACGACUCUGUUCUUGACUUGGUUGAUUACUGCCACCGCAAACUUACCCUGCUGGCCAGCAAAGCGAUCAGGGAGGGUGCAACAACUGACCUACACAACCUGACAGGGAAAGCAGUUGGUUCCUCUAUAGAGGAGUUGCAGAUGCAGAAUGCUGCACUGGAGUUUGAAAUCUCCCUGAAGGCUGUCUCUGUGCUGCGCUACAUUACUGAUCACACCGAGAGUAUCAGUGUUAUUAAUCGCAUGCUGUGCACCCAUAACAUGCCUUGCGUGCUGGUCCAGCUGAUUGACUGCUGCCCUUGGAGUCGCUGUAAAGAAGGUGAGGUAGAAAAGUACAUAAAUGGCAGAUGGCAGAAGAUUCCUGUUGAGGACCGUUUAAAGAUGACAAAACUGGAUGGUCAGGUCUGGAUUUCCCUUUACAAUCUGCUGCUGAAGGAAGACUGCCAAAGGAAAUAUGACUUCAACAACUUCAACAAGAACCAGCUUCUAAGGCUCCGGGGUUUCUUGACAGAGGUGUUGAUUGAUCAGCUGCCAAACCUGGUGGAGCUUCAGCGUUACCUGGCUCAUCUGGCCGUUACAGACCCUGCCCCUCCAAAAAAGGAACUUAUUUUAGAACAGAUCCCAGAAAUGUGGAACCACAUUGUGAGAGAGAAUUCUGGGAGGUGGAAGGCAAUAGCAAAGUAUCAAGUCAAAGAAACUUUCAGCCCAUCUGAAAGUGACCUGAGGCUGCAGGCACAGAGGUUGGCUAAGAUGUACAAUUUGGAUGUGAUGGAGAGUUUACUCCCUGAGAAGCCAAAGUGUGGAUCCUGUGGGAAAGAGGCUACAAAGAGAUGCUCUCGGUGUCAGGGAGAAUGGUACUGUCACAGAGAAUGUCAGGUGAAGCACUGGUCUAAACACAAGAGAGCCUGCCAGCUUAUGGCUGAGGCCACAGAGAAGAUCCAGAGGGACCUGCACAUCAACAGCUAACAGAGAGAGACUAUUGAAAGGACUCGUGGCGGAUGGGAGAUAAGAAUCUUGAGUUGCAAGAUGGCAGGAGAACAGAUGUGCAUAUAUGGAUGAUGCAAAUUUGCAUUCCUAUACAUUUUAUAUCUGUCUUUUAAUGUGGGAAAAUUGUAAGCCCAGUUACAGAAUUCAGUUGUGCCUUUUUGUUUUUAGUACUGUUAUGUUUCUUUAUGAUAAACUUAUGGCAUACUGUUUUAACCAAUCAUUAAAUUCUAGUUAAAUUAAUUAAAGUCUAUUUAACGAAAGAGCUUCCCUCUCUGUCAGGAGAUUUUAUACUAUUGUAAUUGUGUUAAUUAACACAGUGCAUUUAAGUUUGUCACACCAGCAGCAAAUACAAUGCUUUAUCAACUUUCAA